CUUUAAUAAAUUUAUAAAAAUCUCCAAAAUGUCAAAUCUCUCACCAACCUUCAGAUGUGUAUGGCUGGUUAUUGUUAUUUGAAGAAUGGUAAUGACUACAUUGGCAAGUGAAGGAUUGAAAAGAGACCUCCAAACCACUACCACAAACUUCAACUUCUCAAGCACAUCUUUCUCUGGCCUUACCUACACAGACGGCGGCUUAACACUCACCUUAGACAAUGCCCAAAUCCACGACCCUGACGGAGGCUUCCUCCGUAUCGACAAUAACAACCUAGUGACCAUCACCGGGUCCAUCACCCCUCACCCUACAGACACUCAGUACCCUUACACCAUCAGCGCCUGGAUCUACCUCGACAGAAACGAUGCUGUCACUGGCGUCACGAUGUUCUGCCUUCCUUUACAAGGGAUUUAUACUAGCAUCUCAGCGUCUUUAUAAUUACCAUCACCUGUUGAGGAAGAAUCGAGAGAAACACAGAUGACUUCUAUAUCCAUUUCGAUUGUCGAUAUGCUGGAAGCUCAAGAUUUACAAGAUAUACUACACAAACUAUUGCAAGCAAUUCAUCUUGGCAUUAUUUUUCCUAUAAAUUUCUUGCUCGAGGAGCUUCUUUUGCACCAACAACAAGUUCAGAUAUCCAAGUUGAGUUCUGGGAUGACUCUGGAGCCCCCCAGGUUGUAGAUAUAUCAACAUCAUCAACUUCUCAUCAGAAUAUCCAAUCUACAUAUAGCAUUGGAUUCAUUUACAACGGUUCAAGUCGUGUGAAUAGAUUUUCAGGGCUUAUUUACAGAUUACAGAUCAGCAACUUUAUUGAGCCUGCUCGAACUGGAACUCGUCAGGACUUCAUAAGUUAUGCCAAAGAUUUGUACCACCUAUAUUUCGACUUAACUUCAAGUGUUCAGAAUGAACACUAUGGAAACACUGUGCGGAAUCUUGCACUAGUCAAUAAAGGAGGAAUCCUAACGAACACGAGCAUUUACAUAAAAGAAAUCGAAACAGCAACUACUCCGACCUUAGUGACCAACUUAGGGUGGAUCACAUACUAUUACACUGCAGUCUAUGAGACAGACUUGAUUCAGUUUGAUAGCGCUACGAAGUACACUUUUGAAACAGAUGUGUUUUGAUACGAAUCUUAUUGAAGAAUGUUGCUGUUCUUCCUCAGUAAGUUUAUGAUCAUGCCUUAUUUAUAAGUUUUCUCAAAGAACUCCCAAUAUUAAGGGUCUCACCUACAUUAUUAAGAUACUCCACUGAUGAUGUUGUCGGUCAGACCAUUAUUAUAGGUGAUGGUUACACUGAAAUUGCUGGAGAAGAUUAUGAUACAUACCAUAGAUUACCAAGAAAUCUUUGGACUAAGUUCAUCCUCACUGUGAGAGUUCUGAGCUCAACAAGCCAAGAAAUUUGAUAUUAUCACAAGCCGAUCCAUAACUCUUCAGACUCUGUUGGAACCCCUAUCUUGUAUCAAAAUUGUACGGUUAUAUCUGAUGUGAUUCUGGAACCAACAAUUUUUCUCAGAAUUCUAAGUAAUAGGAUUAUUAUCAGCAAUAUUAAGCUCUUUAAGUCUUAUCUUACGAGCCAAUCUGUUGAGCUUGAUUAUGGGCUCUAUCAAGAAGCUGGAGAUGUGAAAUUUGAAUUCUCUCAGAACUAUAGUCCGUAUCCAGCUUCAAAUACAAGCACUGAUGUUUGCAGAGAUCUUGUGACACCGAAUGAGGUCUGACAAUGGUCAGAGACUCAGAUUUUAACCGGAGGAUAUUAUAGUUACUACUCCAGGAGAUAUAUCAGAUACAACUAUACACAAGUUUCGAAGAUAUGCCCAGAUUAUUACAGUCCAUAUGGCGACUACUGCUACGAAGACUGAGGAGAUGGCUAUAUCUCUUCAAGCCCUCAAACAAUGCCUUGAGACGAUGGCAAUCUCGCCAACGGAGAUGGAUGCACAGAUCAAUGUACUGUUGAAGACGACUACUUUUGAGUAAUCACUGAUCUCAACAAAAGCUAUUGCAGACUCAAAUGAGGAAGUGGAGUUUACAAUCCCCCUGAUGAGCAAUGAGAUGACAAUAACAAUAUCAAUGGAGAUGGCUGAGAUAGCAACUGUAAUAUUGAGACUGACUACACUUGCACUCAUAGUGCUACGAGUCCAAGCUACUGAAUCCACCAUUGUGGAAAUGGUGUCAGAGACUUUGGUGAAGAGUGUGAUGACAACAACUCUCUAAGUUUUGACGGAUGUGACAAUGAAUGAAAAAGAGAAUUUAAUUAUAUAUGAAACCCUGAUGGGUCAGGAGUUGAUGUAUGCGUUUCGGAGCACUUUCCUCCGAUCAUUACUACAAACUCUCAUAAUACGCAACUCAAAGAAAUAUCUUACACUUUCAAUGACACCAUGAAAAAUGUUUCGUUUACUGAAGAAGAUAUUGGUUGAGAGUUCUAUGGGCCUUCUGGAGAUUACACGCUUCAAUGAAAUGCAGUUCUACAAUCAGAUACCCAAAUUAAGCUCAAGUACAGUGUGUCACCAGCAAUUAUUGGAGGUGCUGGUGAAAUAUUAGUUGUAAAGUUGUUAAAAAUAACAUCGUUCAAAAGUUCAAACUUAAUUCCAAUUGCUACAGAAUAUGAGUACAGAUAUGGAUUCAACACCAUAGAAGCUUCUGAACAGGCUCAAGCUGCUGGCUCCGGAACUUCUUACACGUUCAUAUUCUCAUUUGCUAUUUCAUUGAGUAUCAGUCUUCUGACUGGAGGUUCAAUGGAACUGAUGUGGAGUCUUGCAAACACUCUACAAAUUGUGUUCAUACUGGGACUUCUGAAUCUAUACUUUCCAGCAAACCUUUCAGCUAUGUUCAGUUACCUAAAAUAUUCUAAUUUUGAUAACCCAGUGACAGAGAUGCUUUCAUCUUUUGCUCUAGAGAGCAUUAGCAUAAUAAGUGCUCCGAUCAGUCCUGGAUUUGAAGAGCUUGGGUUCUCAUCUACAAGCUUCCUGAUAAAUUCUCUUGACAAAAUCUUCUUAUUGCUCUUUCUUGGCCUUCUCGUGCUGUUUAUCUAUCUUCUGUACAGCUGUCUCAAGAAAAAGUCAACCUGGUUUGCCAAGAAAAUCAAAAAGAUGGACUCUGCUUUAAGGUAUGAGUCAUGAACAAGGCUUAUAGUUGAAAUGUCGAUGAAUUUAUCUGUGUCCAUUAUGAUCAACAUCUUCUAUGGUAAGGCUGAAGGAGCUAUCGGAAUAUCGUCUUACAUCUUUGCUCUAUGCUUGCUCUGAUUUAUGAUUCUGGUGGCAAUCUAUGCGACUGCAUUUCCUGCUUACUAUUACUCAGCUAUCAAAAUUUAUCCUGAAAAAUUUGAGAGACAUUGCUUCUUAUUUUCAGAGUUCAAAACUUCAAAGCCAGAGUGUCUGCAAUAUUACUCUUAUUUCGUCAUCAGAAGAAUGCUUCUAGCUGGUGUGAUCGUCUGUCUCAGACAAACGAAUCUUCUUCAACUGAUCUGAGUGGUGGUUUUAUUUUACUCUGUCUGAAAGUACCAGCUAAUAUACAAACCAUAUAAGUGCCAAGCCACGAACUUCCUAUGCUGAGUCAAUGAAAUCUUCCUUCUUGUACUAUCAUUGAUCUUUUUCGCUUUCAAAAGCCCUGGAGACCCUAAUACAAUCCAACUGUUUGGGUUUAUUGCCAGUGGAUGAUUGAUAGUUUUCUUUCUCAUAAACUGGGCUGUCAUUUUCCCUCUCAAAAUCAAAGAUUUUUGCACUUUCAUCAAGAAGAAAUGCAGAAAGAAAACACCAGAUGAAAUAGAGCAUGAAAGACGCAAAGAAUUCAUCAAGAACCACUUGAAAAAACUAGAAGAAAUCAGGAAUAAUUCCAACACCAUUGAUUCCAGAAAGCCUAGAAUCUUAGCCGGACUAAACGAAGCAGAAUUCGAUAGACAAUUCCGAGAAGGAGUCGUCAAGAAAUACACCCCCUCAAUCCCUAUCAAAACCCCCAACAUCCCCCUAAACGACCCAUCUUACCGCCAAAUCUUCCCCAAAGACUUCUUAAAAGCACCCCAUCCCCAUAUCUCUAAUUCCUAACCCCUCUU